AUGUCGGCACCAGCGUUAUGGGACACUCGUCGCUUGACCAAGACUACCCGUGUCUUUGCGCGACAAACGAUCCCGCUCGAGUGCGAUGUGUACUCCUCUGAUGACUAUCCACCCACUUCUCCCGUCUUCCUGUACUUCCACUCAGGUGGCCUCGUAAGCGGUUCCAGGGAAUGUGUUCCACCUUGGCUGGUACAGGCCUGCUUCAAGAAUCAAUGGGUACUCGUCAGUGCGAGUUAUCGGAUGCUUCCCCAGGCCGGACCUUCAGGUCUGCUCCAAGAUGCCACAGAGGCUUACUCCUUUGCGAGAUGUUGGGGAGUUGCAGAUGAAUUUGCCUCAAAACGAAAUGUGAUCGUAGGCGGAUCAAGUUCGGGUUUCUUCAUGGCAUCCCUGACGGCCCAUCACCUCGAGCCAUCUCCCAUUGCCUUGUUAUCAAUCACCGGCAUCACGACUUUCCGCCAUCCAUUCUUCAGCUCGUCAGUCUUACUUACACCAGAACCCAUAACCGAAACGCAAAUGAGCCACCACCUGUCCGCGUCGGUAUCCAUAGGAACAACAUCAGCGAAUAACCCACGGGUCUUUCACGUCGACAAGAUCCUUCAAGAUGGUGCAGAGAACACCGAGUUCGCACUGCCUCCACUCCCUAUCUCAGAUGAUGGCAACUGCGACGAGUUCCCCCGAGGAUGUCUCUAUGACUACUACCUUUACCGCAACGAGUUUCUUAAUCUUGUUGGCGAAGUUGACCCAGGCUUUGAGUGGGCUAAGACCGAGGUGGGCAAGAGUAGACUUGGUGACGCUGAUGAAGAUGUUGACCUCUCUGUGAGCAAGCACAUGGUUCAUUGUCUUGGAGAAAGCAAGGUGAAGCUCUUCCUUGCCGAGGGACAGCCCCACCUUUACGAAGCGAAGAGGUUCAUUGAAGACGAUGUGAGUGGAAUGGAUGCUGUAAGAUAG